UUCUUUAUCAACUUCUAAUUUGAAAACAGAGGCCAAAACUUUAAAGGAAGCCACGGUUUUUGAAUUAACCCUUAAAUCACCCCAAAUUCUUCACUCUCUCAUUUCUCACACUCUUUGGGAAUUCCAAAAGGUGUUUGCUGAAUUGUCGCAAAGAUGAACGAUCUCAUGACGAAAUCGUUCUUAAGUUACGUGGAUUUGAAGAAGCAGGCGAUGUUAGACCUUGAAGCGGGGCCUGAUAUUGAAAUGGGUCAACUCGACCCGGCUGAUGAAAGAAACCUCUCAAAAUUCUUUGAAGAAGUUGCUGCUAUUAAGUCUGAUAUGGAGGAGAUUAACAAUCUUCUUUUCAAUCUUCAAGAUCUUAAUGUAAAAACCAAGUCAGCCCCGAGUACUAAAAUUCUUCAAGGCCUUAGAGAUCAGAUUAACUCUGACAUUAUCACUGUUCUUAGGAAGGCGAAAAUCAUCAAAACAAGACUUGAAUUGCUUGAUAAAUCCAAUCUUGAAAAUCGUGGCGCGUAUAAAGAGGGAAGCUCGGUUGAUAGAACGAGGAUUUCAGUGACUAAUGGUUUGAGAAAUAAACUGAGGGAUAUGAUGAAUGAUUUUCAAUGCCUAAGGGAAAACAUUGUAGCAGAACAUAAAGAAGGUUUAAGGAGACAGUACUGUAGUGCUAACGGGGAGGAACCGAGUGAGGAAGCGAUUGAAAAGAUGAUGCAGGAAAGGAUUUUUGAGGGGAAAGUAGAAAAGGAGCAAAGGCAUGAAGCUGUAAAGGAGAUACAAAAGAGUUUGAUUGAGCUGCACCAAGUGUUUCUUGAUAUGGCUGUUAUGGUUGAGACACAAGGUGAUCAAAUGAAUAAUAUUGAGCAAAAUGUGGUCAAUGCUGGUGGAUAUGUGAAUGAUGGGAUGAAGGAGCUAGAUCGCGCUAAACGGAUGAAGAGGAGGAGGACUUGGGCUUGUUGGAUUGGCGCGGUGGUGCUGGUUUUCUUGUUGCUAUGCCUUAUUGCAAUUCUAUUUUGAAUUCAGGUUGAAAUGCUUUGGACUUUCUAUCAGUUUUACUUCCUAUUUGUCUAUUCUUUUGAGUAUAUUGUGCUUUCUUUUGUUUGUCCGAAAGGCUAUUUGGAUUUUGAUGAUUUCUGUUCAUCAACUGCUUAUAUGUAAAAUAGAUUGAAAAUGAUACUCCUACAUUACAUUUUGAGAUUGGGAAUUAUUGAAUGUGAUCAAGAUUUUUGCCUUG